GGGCGGCGCUCGCCGCGUUUGGUUGUGGCGGCGGCUGGGCAGGGCCGGCGGGAGCGGCUGCCCGGCGCGGUGCCCCGGCCCGGGGUGAGCAUGGUGCCCUAGUGCUGGGGCUAUGUCGGAGGCGGCCCGGAGCCUCCUGCAGCGCUGGGGCGCCAGCUUCAGGAAGGGCACAGACUUCGACUCCUGGGGGCAGCUGGUGGAGGCGAUCGACGAGUACCAGAUAUUAGCAAGGCAUCUACAGAAGGAGGCACAGUCUCAGCACAACAACUCGGAAUUCACAGAAGAUCAAAAGAAAACCAUAGCUAAAAUUGCAACAUGCUUGGAACUGAGAAGUGCAGCUUUACAGUCCACCCAGUCACAGGAUGAAUUCAAGCUCGAGGAUCUGAAGAAGUUGGAACCAAUCUUAAAGAAUAUCCUCACUUACAAUAAGGAGUUCCCCUUUGAUGUUCAGCCUGUCCCACUCAGGAAGAUUUUAGCACCUGGAGAAGAGGAACACUUGGAGUUUGAGGAGGAUGAUGAAGAAGGAGGAGCUGGAGCAGGAUCUCCAGACUCUUUUCCUGUUAGAGUUCCAGGUACUUUAUUACCCAGAUUGCCAUCUGAACCCGGGAUGACAUUACUCACCAUAAACAUAGAGAAAAUCGGUCUGAAAGAUGCCGGGCAGUGCAUUGAUCCUUACAUCACAGUCAGUGUGAAGGAUUUGAAUGGGAUAGAUCUGACUCCUGUGCAAGACACUCCUGUGGCUGUGAGGAAGGAGGACAUGUAUGUCCAUUUUAACGUGGACAUUGAGAUUCAGAAACACAUUGAAAGACUAACAAAAGGUGCAGCUAUUUUCUUUGAAUUCAAACACUACAAGCCUAAGAAAAGGUUUACCAGCACCAAGUGCUUUGCUUUCAUGGAGAUGGAUGAAAUUAAACCUGGGGCAAUUGUUAUAGAACUGUACAAAAAACCCACUGACUUUAAAAGGAAGAAACUGCAACUGUUGACCAAGAAACCACUUUACCUUCACCUCCAUCAAACACUGCACAAGGAAUGACCCGCCCUAGUUGUGAGACUUCUGUGAACUGCACCACCGGUCGCGGUAGCUAUGUGUAGUAGCCUUCGCAGGGCAGGAGAACGACUAAUCAUGCCAGUAGGUCAGAAGGGACCAUCACACACUGCACAGUACUACUUCAGGGUCAGGGGCAAGCCACCGUUCCAGUGCAAGAUUAGUUUCUCAGUAUCUUCCAGAUCCAGGUUUUUCUGAGAGCCCUGAAAUAUUUGACUGCUUUUCCUAAUUUUUGCUGUUCAUCACUUUUUAUCUUAACCGUUAUCCUUUUGCCUCAAACUCCACCUAAGGAUGGAGACUGCCCCUUUGCCAAACCUGUAGCAAUAAAGAUGUGGCAGGCCUACUAACUGUUUACACUUGCUGUGCUAUUGUAGUUCCUCUCAUCUGCUUUUUGGAGUCCUCUGUAGCAGGCUGGGUGGGAGAAGACCAAGAGAAAGGUGAGGUGGGGUGGGAAAAGGAGGCUGAGGUUCUGCAUGUGGUUAAAGAUGAGAGAGAGGAGGAUGCUGGUUCAAGUGGGGUGGCCACAGCAGAGCUCCAGAGGCAGUGGUUCUGCUUUGGUCAGGCCAGGAGGGCAACUGCAGAUGAGAACAAACAACUGCAAUUGAACAGCCUUGCCUGAUCCACUCAUGCUGAGCUCUGGCUACCUGUUACAGUCCUUUAAUUCACUGUUACUCUCUCAUAGAGCUGAUUUUUCUGUAUCUUGUCACAGACUUUCAAAGGUGGUGGGGGAUGGAGAGAGGCGGUCACCAGUUCAGUGCCAGCAGCAGCUUUUGGUACAGGUCUGGCUGGCAGGUGGUCCCACCUUUGACAUGAAACUGCUGUUCCUGGGGAACUGUAUGCAGUUUUCUGCAAGUCUGGAACCUUCACUCUAAAAAUUACCUUUUUAUGGAAGUAAACAGGAUUAUCAUUUAUUUUCUAUAUUUUGGAUUUGGUGUGUAAUAAGCUGCAGGACAUUGGCUUAUUAUGACACGCUUGCAUUCAGUUUUUGACCUAAUAAAGGGACAGAAGUAGAACCCAGUCAAAUCUUUCCUAUAUUUGCAUGGGUAUUUAAUACAAUAAGGUUUGAAAUACGUCUUGCAUAUCUAACUAGUGCCUAAAUACUCUGCUGUGCUAACUAAAGACCCAGCCCCCAGAAUAGUGCCCAUUAUUGGGUUUAUUUUCAAGUUUGAAUGCAGCUGCAUUGCCAGUUCCUCUUUUCUGUCCUGUAAUCCUGAGAUGUUACAUGAUGCUUUAAUGAAAGGAUGUUACUUUGCCUUGUGGUAUUUGUCUGGCUGCAGGCAAGUGUUCAGCAGUUUUGCCUUUACCCUGUGGAUUAGGAUAAAAAGCUAUUUUUUGAAUGUCCUAAUCUUGCCUUCCCCCUGUUCUGGUAGAACUAGGGCUGAUGUUAGUUAGGUGUGAUGACACAAGUCAGCAACACUUCCUCAAAUUCCACUACUGGCUGGAAGGGGGAAAAAAGUGCAAUUGAAUUUUCCUGUUUACAGGUCUUUUACAAUAUCCCAGUGGUGUUACAUCAGAUACAUUGAAUAUCAAGCCCUGAAAUGCUAUCGCUCCGAGUUAUGGAAGUACCUCUGAGUGCAGGGUUCUGGAUACUGGACAAAAAGAGGAUAACUACAUUCCUAAAAAAAUAAAAUCAUCCUUUGAAUCCUGCAAAAAGAUGGAGAGCAGCAUUGGGCUGUGGUGGCAAAAAAAUCCCAGCUUGAUCAGCAGCUGGGUUACCUGAAGUGUUCCCUGGUUUUGGGUCUCUCUGACCUUCGAAGAAGCUGCAGCAUGGAGUGUCCCUGCAGCAUAUUCAGGCCAUCUUCUCAGCCAGGGAUGAUGCUGGGGCUCCAUCCAGCUCUGCUGUCCUCCAUGUCUGCUGGUGCUGCUCAUGGCCGGCUGGGCCUGUGUCCCCAUGAGCCACAGUCGCACCUGGGGUAGGCAAGGGAGGGGACACUGAACAUCACCCAGCUUGGUCCUGGGCAAGGAGCAAUCCUGGACUCAGAGAAGCCACCUCUUCAACAUGGAUGUUGAUCCACACACGUGUUGACAGCCACCACAGAAACAGAACACUUGCGCCUGAACUGCAAACCCCUUGUUCCAGCUGCUCACCUCUUCCCAGCUUGUAGAUGUAUGUAUUAACUCCUGUUAUAGCAAAUGGCAACUCUGAACUAUUUUUGUUAAAUACACAAGUAGAGCUUUGUAUUUAACUGAUUGUGAACCGAUGGCUGUAGAGUGUGAAAUACCAUUUUUAAAGUUGCUUCUGUC